AUGGCUGAAAUGGAUGUCAAAACUAUUGAACAACUUCUUCAUCAUCCUGAAAAUCCAAUAUCCGGUGGGAAUACAUUGUCGACGGUAGGAAGAGCUCAUGACCAAGAAGACGACCACUUGCACCAUGGAAAGAAAUUAUCUGUUCUUGCCAAAGUAAAAGAGAAGGCUAAGAAAUGGCGACAAACUCUAGUUAGAAAGAAAUCGGGACAUGAUAAUGAUGGUAAUCAUACACCUUCAUGGGGUGUGGCCUUGGAAGAUUAUGUAGAUGAAGAUGAACCCGAUCACAAUAUUGGAUCUCUAGCUUAUGAGUCCAAUCGCGAACCCAAGGGUUCUAAAGAAGUUAGCAAACACGAAAGAGCAAAUCCAUUGACAUCCGAGAAGCAAAUAUACAACAACAAUGCCGAAAGACAAAUUGAUAAUGAGGUGAAACAAAAGCUUCCUACUUUAAGGUUGAGGACUAUUGGACCUACUUUGGGUAAAAGCUAUUCAGCUAAUGCAGUAGGAUAUCCUUCAGUAUCAGAAGAUUCAAUCAACGAGGCUCCUCGAGCCCAAAGCUUGGGCAAUCAUUUACGAGAAAAACACCCUAGUCCGAGUAAAUUCACCCUUGAUACACUAAUUGCUCAAAGGAAAUCCAAUAAGCAAAGGGAGAAAUUACCUCAUCCUGAAGAAUUAUUGACAGGAGAAACUGCUAUCGACGAAUCUUCUGAAAAUGAUAUCAUUAAGGAGAAGGAAGAACAUCAUAGUAAUGAGGCAGUCACAGCUCAAAAUGUGAUCGACGAAAGUACCACUAAGGAGAAAAGAACUAAUACUGAGGGUGAUGAUGAUAACAUCAAUGCCACAAGAGAGCAAGAGCAGGAAUCUCCAAUUACAAAGAAGACCAUGUCUGAGGCUAUGUCAGAGAAGUUGGCACCAUCUUAUGCCACUGCUACAGAAGCAAUCCACGAUAUCAACAAUACCAGGUUUUCGAAUACCCAACAAUUGCCCAUGGAAAGUCCUCAAAGCAUUAAAGAAGAGCAAAAAUGGGACAAAGGUGUUUCAGUCAAAGAGUACUUUAAAAAUAAGUUAGAGCCCGGGGAAGAUGAAAAGGCGCUAUCUCAAGUGAUUACAGAGGUAAUUAGUCCUAGGAGGAGUCCUACUGAAAAGGGUGUUGUAGAGAAAGUAAAAACAGCAGUGUCUAUGUUGCUUCAGACUGAAGAGCCAUCUUCCCCUUCAUCAAUGAAGAGUUCGCGAUCAUCCUCUUUAAUCCCAGUGUCCAUCAAUGCUCAUGAAGUAGUUGAGGAAGAAAGCCAAGAAGGUGGUAUGCAAGCAAACUAA